AUGGCCGCCGACAGUGAUCCCGAGUCUGACGUGUUCGAGAUCAACGACUUCACCACCGCCUCAGAGUGGGAACGGUUUGUGUCCAAAGUGGAGGAAGUGCUGAAUGACUGGAAGCUGAUUGGGUCCUCUGCAGGACAUGUGACCCCAGAGAAGGGUGAAUACACCAGUGGCAACUGGGGCGAGAAGUCUCAGGAUAUUAAUUUUGCUGACUUUAAGUUCUACAUAACUCAUUACUUCCUGAAACAAGAAUGUGAGAAGGACAAUGGGACGGACAAGCUGGAAGAAGAUGCCUUCCCCAUGGCAAUGCAGGACCUUCUGUGUAUGAAUAAUGACUUCCCUCCUCGAGCCCACUGCCUGGUCAGAUGGUAUGGUAUACGAGAGUUUGUGGUCAUCACCCCUGGAACCAACUGCGAGGCCAUCAUCAGCGAGUCCAAAUGCAAUCUGCUUCUCAGCUCCAUCUCCAUUUCUCUGGCCAACAGUGGCUGCCAGGUGCCCAUGUUUGUGCAGAUCCAGCAGAAGUGGAGGCGGGUGUAUGCUGGAGAGUGCCAGGGACCAGGUGUGCGCACUGACUUUGAGAUGGUCCACCUCCGCAAGGUGCCGAGCCAGUAUAACCACCUGUCUGGCCUGCUUGACAUCUUCAAGUCUAAGAUAGGAUGUACUCUGUCCCCUCUACCUCUCAACAUCGCCAUCCGUUUUACCUACAUACUCCAGGACUGGCAGCAGCAUUCGUGGACCCAGCAGCCUCCAGACUUUGACACACUCCUUGGAGGUGAGGUGGGAGGGGUUGAGUGUGGGAAGCUUCCAUUUGGAGCCUGUGAGGAGCCAAUCAGUAAAGGCUUUCUUCAUCUUGCAGCCACUUGGCCUCAUCUGACGGAGGGCAUAGUUGUGGAUAAUGAUGUCUACAUUGACCUUGACCCUCUCCAAGCUCCCCACUGGUCAGUCCGAGUCAGGACGGCCGAAAACCCUCAGUGUUUACUGGGUGACUUUCUGACAGAGUUCUAUAAGCUCUGCUGUAGGAAGGAGUCUGCAGAAGAGGUUAUGGGAAGAGGAUUGACUGAAGAGGAGGGCAAAGAAAAUAGUGACAUCAGCUCUGCUUUAUCAAAGCUGACAGAACCAGCAGCUACAGUGCCCAUCUCCAAGCUGUCUGUCUCCAGUAUGGUGCACAGCGCCCGAAAGCACAUCCGCCGCCACAGACGCAUCGAUGAGUCACCACUCAACACUGAUAUACUCAAUUCUGUUCUUCAGUAUCUCUUCCCAGAUGCUGCUGUGGAGAAGUCAUCAGAGAGCAGCAAGAAUAAACCUGCACAGUCAAGCAGCUGUGGGAAAGCCGAGCCCAAUAAAAACUCUGACGAUAACCUUUUCCUCCAGCUGAAGUCAGCACCCAGUGACAGUCUGACGUACCGGCUGGCACUGUGUGCGUGUCUGGUCAACUACAACCACGGCGGGCUGCGUGCCGUCGCCCACCUCUGGCAGGAGUUUGUCCUGGAGUUGCGCUACCGCUGGGAAAACACCUACCUCAUCUACGGACUGGCGGGGGGACCUCCUGAUCUUCGCUGUUGUCUUUUGCAUCAGAAGCUCCAGAUGCUGAACUGCUGCAUUGAGAGGAAGAGGGCCCGAGAUGAAGCUCGCAAGGUGCUGGGAGGGAGGCAAAGAGAGAGAGCAAGGUGUCCCGGCGGCUGCCAGAACGGCCGCCCCGUACCAGAAUCUGCAUCAACCUCAGCGAGGGAGGUGUCUCCGGGGAAAUCCUGGGACUAUCGUGGAGUGACAAGCGAGGAUGAGUUCUUUGAGUGCCUUGAGUGAACCAGGGGGAGAAUUAGAGGCUCCGCAUGCCGAGGCAGAAAAAGGAUGGCAGUAAAAGUAAAGCAGAGGGUCCGACUGCGUCAUGUCCCUGUAACAACUGACCUCUACCUCACACCUCUACAGAGACCUCUCUACAUCCCCGUCACACAGGUCAAGCAUAGCGCCUGGUGACCUGCUCCCAUGACAGAGGAUCUGUUAGAGGAGCAGUCAGAAGUACUGGCCAAACUGGGCACAUCAGCUGAAGGUACCCACCUCCGUGCCCGGAUGCAGGGUGCCUGUCUGCUCUCUGACAUGGAGUCCUUUAAGGCUGCCAACCCGGGCUGUGUCCUGAGCUUUGUGCGCUGGUACUCGCCUAGAGAUUACGUGGAGGAGGAGGUGGUCGACGAAAAGGGCGACACAGUGGUGAAAGGAGAGCUUAGUGCCAGGAUGAAGAUCCCAGGCAACAUGUGGGUGGAGGCUUGGGAGACGGCCCGGGUCACACCUGCACGCCGCCAGAGAAGACUUUUUGACGACACGAAGGAGGCUGAAAAGGUUCUGCAUUAUUAUGGCACAUGCAGAAAACCUGCAGACCUGACCCGCCAUCUCCUGUCCUGCGUCCUCCACGCUGCUAUUCUAAAGUUGAAGGAGGAAGAGUCAGUAGAAGUUCCAUCAGUCAGAAAAAACAUUCAGCAGGCGACAAGUCAAGCCGCACAAGCUGCUGGCACACCCUCACAACCAGACGACAAGAAGCUAGAGGAUUUCAUUAACCAGUUGAUGGCCAUGGAGACGGUCAUCACCCGAGCUCGCUCGCUCAAGGCCAAGUUUGCCAUUUGUGAGGGCGGGAAGGGGGAGGACACAGAAGAGCUGGAGAAGUUUGUGAGCUCCCUGCUGGAAGAACCAGAGGUGGGGGUGAUUGGAGCUGGCCAGGGGCCGGCGGGCAGCAUCAUCCACCGGCUGUUUGUCAACUCUCAGAGGCUGGCUGACUUCACCAGUGACGAGGCUGCCCUCCUGGCACCACUGGACGAAGACUUCGGCCGUGAGCGGAAGCCAACGGGAGGAAGCAACAAAGUGCCCGACUUCCCUUCUCCGGCGGGCCGGGAGAUUCUGUUGCGUACGUGCGUCCCUCGGCCGGCGCCGUACUCCAAAGCUCUGCCUCAGAGGCUGUUCUGUGUGCUGAUGAGGGAGGAGUUCAGGCUGGCGGGGGCCUUCUCUUCAGACACUUCCUUCUUCUAACACCAGACGGCCAUUACACAAUGCUUCAUCUGAAAUCAUGUUCCAUGUGCUGAUUGUAAUUUACACCUUGAAGCCAGAACGGGAAGAGCAGUGAAUGACACAUUAUGGAUAUAUACAGUCUCUCUCUAGCCAACACAUUAGGAGCGUUGCUAUCCAUCACUUUAGAGACUCAUUUGGUCCUCAUUGGAUUGUGGUUACUUCGUUAAAUACAAAAAAGGGUAAAGAUUCUCAGCAGUACUCAGCUAGUGGGCACACUAGAGUUCAACACAGUUCAUGUAUUGCUGAAACUUCACUCUACACAAUUACAAAUAUCAAGCAUCUUUAUAUGGAGUGUUACCACAGCGCAUCUGUAGAUGAGUGGACGGCUUCAAACCGACCUCAAAGAUGUGAAACAUUACAUUAUUAUAUGAUUAAUAAUCCGUCAAUACAAGUUAAACAUAUUUGUCUUGUUUAACAUCAGAUCUAAACUGUCCUCCCCCGGGGCUCUGUGGGUGCCGUACAUUCAGCUGCUGCAUGGGAGUGUUGAGGAGCUUUGUGUCACCUCCAGCUCUCUGUCAGCUGAUCACACAGGAAGUACUGUCAGUUAACACGUAGCAUUUAUUCAUCACAACGUUCUACUCAGUCUGUCUGACAGCAGAAACAGAAAAUCUGUCAUCAAUUCAGUCAGUCUGGUGUUGAAACACACAGACAGUAUAUUCACCACUGGUGGGCUAUAAAACCUUUUCAGAGCUUAUUCUUUGUAUAUUUCUCAAAUUCAAAUCUCUUCUGUAUUAUCAUAUCUGCUACAUGGUUGUCUUGUCCUGCUCUGCUUUCUGUAUGUUUUACUGUAAUCUCCUUAUUACUGACCACAUGCAGAGUGACAGCAUAACAUUAAAGACUCUUCAUACCAUU